AGAAGAGUCACUAUGGCUUUCCAGAAGGGCACAAGGAUGUUUGAAUUAUCGCUGCUGGUGGUGCUGGGGCUUAUUCUCCUUGGGAAUGUGGGAGCUUGGAAAAUUACAAAAAGAGGAGCGAUCUCCCAGAAGGGUAAUAAUUGUCCUUCCUUGGAGAGCAACAGUGUGAAGGUUGACAUCCGCAUUGUCAACCAACCACAGGGCAUCCACUUGGCACAUACCUUCCAGAACCGCUCCAUCUCUCCUUGGGAUUACAACAUCACCAAAGACCCCAACAGAUUCCCCUCCGAGAUUGCACAGGCCAGGUGCCGAUACUCAGGAUGCAUCAAUGCUGAGGGGCAAGAAGAGAAUGGGAAAAAUUCGGUCCCCAUCCAGCAAGAGUUCUUGGUUCUCCGGAGAGAGCCAGCACCAGCACAGAGCUGCUCCCCUACCUUCCGAUUAGAGAAGAUACUGGUGACUGUGGGCUGUACCUGUGUUACUCCCAUCACCCGCUCUGUUGCUUGAGAUCUGCCCCUCUCUUUGGUUGGGGAAGCUGAAACUUAUAUUCUUCCCCAAGAGCAGCCCCCUCAGCCACACAACUU